AGUUGAGUAAAGGAGGGAGGGAUCAAGUAACUGUUCGCAGCGCCUCACAGGCACACACAACACUGUCGUUUUGUGCGAGCGCUCUGCAGGUGAGGCAUUGUGGAGGACGUCUGCACUAAAGACGAGGAGGACGGAGGAGCUGAAGAGGAGAGAUGAGGAGUCUUCAAUCCAGCAUCUGAACAGGCUUCUGUGCACAUCUGGACUCUAAAUUCUAUCAAGCAUUUUUUUGUACACUGGAACUAAAUAUUUGGGAUUUUUUUACUUGGAUAUUAGGAGAAAUAUUCAUUUUUUUCUUUGAAUUGUGUCUCUGGAGCACCGAUAAUCUAGUAAGGAUAAGGAUAAACGGAGCGGUUUGUUUAAAGAAUGGGCACUAAAGUGUUGUUUAAAUAAUUCAAGUGAAAUACCCCAACCUGAAAUUUGAAAAAAUUGCAGAAAAUUUCAGAAUUUCAUGCAGGAACUGAGUCCUUUCGAGUCUGCAGGCUCGACUCUGGAGGGUUCUCCUCCCUGCCCUCCCUGUCUAUCCUCGCCCCCAGCAGCAUGUCCCAGGCUCAGAGGCUGCCUCUAGUCUUCCUCACAGCACACUACCAUGAUCAGAUGGGCAGCUGGAGGGAGUAAGGCUGCCUUUGCCUCGUUCUGCUCCGGGGCCGGGUUACGAGCUCCCUCUGGCUCCGAGGCCAGCUCCCGACCGAGGUCACCAACUCUGCGGUCCCCCCUCUCUUUCCCUGUCCUGGUUACCCUGCUGGUGUUCUCCCAGUCCCUACCUGAGGCGUCCUGCCACCAGCUUCGCAGAGACCGACUGAAACUCUACAACCCCCAAACCGCCGGGGUCCCCCUGAACAUUUCAGAAUCCGAACCCAUCUUUGAACCGAGGGCCACCAGGAGGCCUCUGGGUCGGACCGGGGGGCCACAGGGACGGCAUGUGCGCAGCUACAAUCACCUUGAAGGGGACAUACGGAGGAGGAAGCUGUUUUCUUUCCACAAGUUCUUCCUGAGGAUCGAUAUGAAUGGGAAAGUCAAUGGAACCAAAAGCAAGGACGACCCUCUUAGUGAGUAACUCCAGUAAAUCAAAAUGAGAGAAUUUGUACCUGAAGAUCAUCUUUUCAGACUCUCAAAUUAACUGUGACAUCUCAAGACUUUCUGACUCAGAUCUUGGAAUCUGUCAGGUCUUAACCCUUU